AUGGGUGAUAGUUGUAUUCCAAAGCCCGUGAUAGCCAACAUCAAGAAGUUUGCGCAAUCCCUGAAUGAAUUAGAAAAAAGUAUCGCAAAGUUAAUCAAAAUUACCCGUGAACAAAAAGAAAAGGUAUGGGGAAUAAACUGAAGUAUUAUUAUUUGGUUUUCAGAUGACACAUCUAGAGAAAGCCAAGCUUGAUCUCACAAUUGUUUCCUUAGUGAACAGCCUUUACUUCUUGCAUUCUACAACUUUGGGUAAAAACCCACAAGAUGAAGAUGCUGUUGGUGUCGAGUUUGUAAGUUUUUUCCUGUGUGAUAUUCCAGUAUUCUUACUUUAGAGACGAUGGAAAGAAGUGAAAGACCGAUUGCAACAAUUAGAAGAUGCGCAUCUGCGACCUCAGAUUGACAAAAGCGCGGCAAAGUCUUUUGUUAGGAAUGCUCUGUUUGAUGUUGAUGAUUAUAAUAGACUGGUAAGUGGAGCAAAUUUAACGCACCUAUAUCUUUGUUGUUACAGAAGGAUAAGUUAAACGAUGCUGGGGUUGAUUUUGGAGAGGAGGAUCCAGAGUAUGAAGAAGACGAAGAAGAAUACGAUGCGAUGGGACGGCCGGAUGAUGAUUAUUAA